GAAGAACAAGAUAAUCAAAGCAAACCAGAGAAGAUGAGCUAGCUCUCUGCCUCUCUGAUUCCGAGCCUUAUUUUUUCCUGGGAAAAAGAUCACCGGUAUAGAAACUGCAAAUGUGAAGCUUCACUUUGUGAGGGUUUUUCGAGUUUUGGAGAAAAUGGAGAAAUGUUGUGAGUUCUGCAGAGCAAUAAGGCCGGUUGUGUACUGUAAAGCUGAUGCAGCACAUCUUUGCCUAUCUUGUGAUGCAAAGAUCCAUUCGGCUAACACAGUUUUCAACCGUCAUCAGCACACUGUCUUAUGCGAAACCUGCCAAGGCCGCCCUGCUUAUGUUCAGUGUUUGGAUCACAGAAUGUUUGUGUGCAAUGACUGUGACAGGAGCCAGCACAUAUCAUCUUCCCAACAUCAUCAUAAACGCACUCUCCAGAGUUACACAGGUUGCCCAUCUGCCAAGGAUUUUGCAGCAUUGUGGGGUUUCCAAUCAGAUGGGAUAGAUAACAAGACUCUAUCCACUUCUUGUGGUUCUUGUGACUCGAGUGUGGUAAACUAUGAUAUUCAUGGGCAGUCUUGCUCACAAAUUGAAUGUCUUUCAGGUGGUGCUCAGUUUGAAAUGGGAUCGACCAGUAAACAGAAGAUAUUUUGUGAAGGUGAAGAGCAUAAGAAGACUAGUUUUAUUCUGCAUCAGAUACUUGACUUGGAAAGGAUGCAGCUAGCCGAAGGGAAUACCCCUUCAACACAAAGUGACCUAUCUUCUUCAGCACAUAAUACUUGGAAGAGCUUUGAUGAGAACCUUGAUCGGCAUUUACAACGUUGUGAGACUACUGAUACUAACUUUCAGCUAAAGGAGAGUCCGCUUCAGAAUCUGAAAGAUGAUCCUUUGCCAUUUCCAUUUUCUCAGUCGGAUCAUUUAGCAUCAAAUUCAACUAUUGGAAUUCCGUUGCAGACAGAUUCCAUUUGGCAGUACAGAAGUCCGGUCCAAAAUAGUCAGCUGUGGUCUCAAAAUAUGCAAGACCUUGGGGUUUGUGAAGAGCUUGUUUGUCGUGAUGAUUUCAAUAUACCUGAUGUUGAUUUAACAUUCCGAAAUUUUGAGGAAAUAUUUGGUGGUGAUCAAGAUCCUACCAGAGUGCUGCAUGAUGAUAAAGAUGUCUCGUAUUCCUCAGUAGAGAGGAACAUGUCCCUCGAUAAAUCAGACGACUGCAAUUCAAGAGUAAUGGUGGAUGCAUCAGUGGCUUCAUCUAUGUACCUUACUCAGCCUGCAAACUUUGACAAAGCAUGUAACAAAGUUGAAAACGUCUCGGGAAGCAUGGAUAUUCCACCAUCUUCUUCAACUUUAUCAUUCUCUGUGUCAAGGAACUUCACCAUUAACAACGAAGCAGAUUGCCAUGAUACAGUACCUUCAAGCACUUCACCUGAUGUGGAUGCUGGACAGCUGCAAGUCAGAGCAAAUUCACUGAUGAGGUACAAAGAGAAGAAGCAAUCUCGACUAACUGAGAAGAAAUUUCCAUAUUCACCACGAAAAGCUACAGUUGAUGUACAUAGGCGGGGAAGAGGCCGCAUUGUUAAGACAGAAGAAUAG